AUGAAUAAGGUAAAGGUUCCUAGAAACUUUAAGCCUUUGGAAUUCCGUAAGUCGGUUUCAAAGGAUAAAAUAUCGACACCAAUCGCAAUUUCAAUGAAAGCUACCCCUUCAAUCCUUCCUCCAAACAAAGUCAUUAAAGCAUUAUAUGAUUAUGAUGCGAAUGGAUCUCAAGAAUUAUCAUUUUUUAAAGGUGAUUUCUUUCAUGUUAUCGGUAACAAUAAUGAUCCGGAUUGGUAUGAAGCAUGCAAUCCUGCAACUAAUAUGCAAGGUUUGGUUCCUGUUUCAUAUUUUCAAGUAUUAGAAAAAGGUGGAAGAAUGAGUGGAGAUGUAAAGGCUGAACCUGGUUAUUUCGAUUCACCAUUACAUCAUCAUUUUGGAGGUAGUGGGGGUAAACCUCAACCAUUAUAUGGGAUCGUACUUUAUGAUUUUGCCGCUGAACGUCCUGAUGAAUUAGAUGCAAAAGCGGGAGAACCAAUCAUCGUAAUCGCUCAAUCGAACCAUGAAUGGUUCGUUGCUAAACCUAUUGGAAGGUUAGGUGGUCCCGGUCUUAUUCCUGUAACUUUUAUUGAAAUAAGGGAUCAUGCAACUGGUAAAGCUAUAGAAAAUGUUCAAGAAUUAAUGGAUAAAUCGGUAGUUCCGAAGGUUGAAGAAUGGAAAAAGAUGACUCAAGAUUAUCAAGAAAAUAGUAUCAACUUGGGUCGUUUAGAUCCAAAGUUGGUGGAUCCCAAACUUGCUCCUGUUAAUUUAGAUCCAAAGUUGUCUCCUAUGUCGUUUGAUAUUGAUUCAAAACUUUCUCCAAUUCCUGAAAAUUCUUAUUCAAAUGAAGAGGAAGAAGAUGAUGAGAAUUCUCUUGAUAUAACGUCAGCUUCAGUUGAUACACAUUAUUUUAAGGAUGAUAGAUAUUGGUUUGUGAUUAGGGUCAAAACGAUUACUGGAAGUUUUAGAUACUUAUACAGAGUAUAUGAGGAUUUUUAUGAAUUUCAAAUAGAACUUUUAAAUAGAUUUCCGGAGGAAGCGGGACGUACAGGAAAGCAACGUAUUUUACCAUUCAUGCCAGGGCCACUUUCAUUCGUUAAUGAAAGUAUUACAUCUCAAAGAAGAAUAGAUUUAGAUGCCUAUGUUAAAGAGUUAUUAAGUUUACCAAGAUAUAUAUUAUCGAAUCCAUUAAUUAAUACUUUGUUUGGAUUGAAAAACGAUGAUGUGGAAACUGAUGAUCAGAAUGAUCCGAUUGAUACAGGAGAGAUCAUUACAAAUGAAAGAAUUUCUUUAUCAAGCCUAGACACCUCUCCAAUUGAUCCAACCCCUCCAAUGUCUUAUUCGAAUGUUUUUCAUCAACCCAAGAAACAACCUUCUUUUAAUGGAGGGGGGAAACAUAAUAGAGUUUCUUCACUUACCGCCGGAGGUCAAUUUAUAAAAUCAUCACGAGUUCAUGAUGAUACUCCUGUAAAUUCAAAUGAUGCAGCACCAUUAACCCAUACAAAUACACAAGGAUCUUCACAAAGGUUAGAAGGGUUAAAAAUCAAAAUAGAGCAUCGUGGGGAUUUAUAUGCCAUUCUUCUUGGUAAAGAUGAUAUGAAUUUUUCAAAAUUUCAAAAGAAAUUACAAGAUCGUUUCGGUGGACUUGAUAAUUUGAAAUAUAAAGAUAAUGGUGAAUUUAUAAGGUUAAAUGAUGAAGCUACUUUUAAUAAAGCAUUAAAAUUUGGUACAAAACUGUUACUUUCUUUAGAUCAAUGA